CCCCGCCCUCGGCCUGAGGUCUGACUCGCGCCUGCCCAGUGUGCCUUGUCUCGGCUUUCUCCUUCACUGUGGACCCGCUGCUCAGAAACAAGCGCCGUCAGACUCUGCACGCUGCGCCCCACAAAUAAAGGAGUCAUGGCAGAGAAAACAGCGGUGUGCGAGGUGCAGCAGGACGAGGCAGGAAAAGGCAAGCAGCCAUUGAAGAAAGGUCACUGUGGGACGUGUCAGCACCGGGCACCCAAGGGACAUGGCACGAUGGCCAUCCCUCCUUCCUACUCGGACCUGGGGAAAUCUGCCAAAGACAUCUUCAACAAGGGCUUUGGAUAUGGAGUUCUCAAGCUGGACGUUAAGACCAAGUCCCAGAGUGGUGUUAUGGAGUUCGCCACCUCUGGCUCCAACAACACCGACACGGGGAAGUCCGGAGGCCACCUGGAGACCAAGUACAAAGUGAAGGACCUGGGCCUCAACUUCAACCAGAAAUGGAACACAGACAACACUCUCACCACGGAGAUCACCAUGGAGGACCAGCUGGCUAAGGGCCUGAAGCUCGGCCUGGACGCGUCAUUCGUGCCCAACACCGGCAAGAAGAGUGCCAAGCUGAAGUCCGGCUACAAAUGCGACUUUGUAAAUGUGGGCUGCGACCUGGACUUCGACAUGGCGGGCCCCACCAUCCACGCCGCCGCCGUGCUGGGCUACGAGGGCUGGCUGGCGGGCUACCAGCUGGCCUUUGACACGGCCAAAUCCAAGCUGAUCCAGAACAACUUCGCCCUCGGAUACAAGGCCGGCGACUUCCAGCUUCACAGCAACGUAAAUGACGGCACAGAAUUCACCGGCUCCAUUUACCAAAAGGUGAGCGGCAACUUGGAGACGGCGGUCCACCUGGCCUGGACGGCUGGCAGCAACAACACGCGCUUCGGGAUCGGAGCCAAAUACCAGCUGGAUAAGGACGCCUUCCUGUCUACCAAAGUCAACAACGCCUGCCUCGUUGGAGUUGGAUACACACAGACCCUCAGGCCAGGAGUGAAGCUCACCCUCUCGGGUCUGCUCGACGGGAAGAACGUGAACGGCGGCGGCCACAAAGUCGGCUUGGGUUUCGAGCUGGAGGCUUAGAGGGAGGACGCACACGGAGAGAAGGAAAGCAACCACGACCACGUCAACACAUCGUGUCACACACACACACAUUGGCCUUAUUAAAACCCCAAGCCUGUCUCCCAAGACCUCCAGUAAUGUCGUUUUAAUAGAAUCAAGCAUUAUUCUUGUGACCGUUACUUUUAAAAUGUGCACAUAUCACCAGAAAGCAACAAAAGACGAGACUCGUGGAAACAUUUUUUUGAAACACUGCUAACUAUGAAGUGCACUUUUAUAGAGCAUUUGUGUCUUAUAAGAUUUGAAGCACCUUGUUUUUGGUCAGCUAUACUCUGAGUUAUAUACAUCAGUACGAUUAUUAGAGGACGCUUGUUUUGGUAUAUUGUGGGUUGUGUUGCAUGCUUUUGAGGCUAGAGAGACGUUGUUUUUUUUUUCUCCAACUUUUCAUUGUCACAUAAGAGAUGCAAUAAAAAGCUGGAAGGAUCCUUCUCGGA